GAAGAAAGAAAGGAAAAAAAAAGAAAAGGGAGGUAAAAUAAGAAAAAAAGGAGUGUGCCGUGAUCUCCGCGGUUGGAGGGAAUUUCUCAUUUGGUCUUAAAAUUUUGAGUUUGACCAGAAAAUGAAAAGGAACAUAUGAAAAGGAGAUUCAACUUCGAAGAAUUGAUUAGGGGCGCCAACUAAGAAGGCGACAAAAACCCUAGUAGUUCUUAGAAAUUGCAACCAAAAAAAAAAAAAUCAGUUUGAGGAGAAGUAACUAUUCCAUUUCAUUACAUUCCAUUAGACAUUGAUAGACACUCUGUCAACCAAUGAAAACACUGUCCGAAGGAAAACCUGUCAGAUCUUCCCUCGUUCCAACACUUGCCUUUCCUAUUUCUCUUCAUUUUUUAAAAUUUUUUGCAUACAUUUUUUUAUAGAUGCGAUGGAUGAAAUGGAAAUGUAUAGUUUUUAAACAAUUUGUUGUUGUGGGGUGAUUCUUCUUUAGUUGAUUUGAGCCUAAAGAAAAAAAAAUGUCAGAUGUGAGAAUUUCUGAUCCAAGCAGGCUGCACUUGAAGAAGGAGCUCACUCAAAUCCGGAAAGCUGCCCGCGUUUUGCGGGAUCCUGGGACCACUUCUUCUUGGAAAUCACCUCUCAGUUCCUCUAGAUCUGUAGCAGCAGCAGUAGCAGCAGCAGCAGCAGGUAAUAAUUUCGAUAAUGAAAGUUUAAACAGGCCAAAUGGGAAUGCUUAUUUGGAUUUAUCUCAGUUACCUGUUAGAGUUGAAAGCAGUGUUCGUGGUCAUAUUAAUAAUGCUAAUAAUAAUAGUAAUGGCAAUGGCAAUGAGAAGGAGAAGAGAGUCUUUCUUUAUAAUUGGAAGGGUCAGCAAUCAUCAUCAAUAAAUAUGGAUGAGGAUGAGGAUGAUGAUGAUGAUGAUGGGGAUCGGUCCUCUUCUUGGAUUCAAGACAGUGUUGAUGAUAAUAGCUUGAGUGAUGCAAGGAACGGUGUGGAUUCAAAGAGUGAUACCUAUUUGGGUGAGAGUUGUUCUGCUUCAAUGAUUUUCAGAUGUAGAGAUGCAAAUCCCGUCUCAUCGGCCACACCAUCCACCAAAAGAAUAUUGGGGGCCAGCAAAAAGAGUAAGAAAAAUUGUGCCCAUAACGAUGUUUUUUGUCCAUAUGAACAGAAAAAGAGUGCUGUUAAUAGAAAUUCAGUCAAUUCAAGAAAAUUGCUCCGGGCUCGUCCUGCAUUGGCUUUAGGUUUAGGAAGGGAUGAUUCUGUUGACCAAUCGGAUGACACUGAAGAUUAUAGUAAUUCUGAGGAUUUUCGCAAGAUUUCAGGGGCAUCCCCGUUGCUUCUCAAACCCAAGCGCAAGAACUGGUCACAUUCAUCCUCUAGAUUGUUGAAAACUGGCAGAAAGGAAGAUUCUUCUUAUUGUUAUAGCACCCCAGCUUUGUCUACUAGUUCUUAUAAUAAGUAUUUUAACCAUAACCCAAGCACUGUUGGCUCAUGGGAUGCGACCACAACUUCAUUUAAUGAUAUGAAUGAGGAGGUGGGUGACCCUUUGGAUUUGCCAGGUCAACAAGGAUGUGGGAUUCCUUGCUAUUGGACAAAGAGGACCCCAAAACAUAGAGGUGUUUGUGGGAGUUGUUACUCUCCUUCCCUCUCUGAUACUUUGAGGAAAGGAAGUAGCAUUCUCUGUGGAAGCCAGUUGGUGUACCAUAGACAUAGACGAUCAUCAUCGCUUCCCAAUAAGCAGAAAAUUGCUUUAAGAAGUGCUCAAUGUCUACCAUUGCUUAGCAAUAGUGGUGAUGGAAGAGGAGGGUCAUCCAUUGGAACCAGGUAUAGUGAUGAUGAGCUCUCUACAAACUUUGGAGAGCUUGAUUUGGAGGCCCUGAGUAGAUUGGAUGGAAGGAGAUGGUCAUCAAGUUGUAGGAGUCUAGAUGGGUUGGAAAUUGUAGCUCUUACUGGAGAAGGAGAGGAGGAGGGUACUCCAGAGAAUAUUAAGAGCUUAAGCCAGAAAUACAAACCAAUUUUCUUUAAUGAACUGAUUGGGCAGAAUAUUGUGGUACAAUCCCUUAUGAAUGCUGUUUCAAGGGGAAGGAUUGCCCCUUUCUAUCUUUUCCAAGGUCCCCGCGGGACUGGAAAAACAUCAACAGCCAGAAUUUUUGCUGCCGCUUUGAAUUGUAUGGCUACUGAAGAUGCUAAACCUUGUGGGUAUUGUACAGAAUGCACUGAGUUCAUUUCUGGGAAAAGCAGGGAGCUUUGGGAAGUUGAUAGCACCAAUAAAAAAGGAAUUGACAGAGUCAGGUACGUUUUGAGAAACAUGUCAACAGGGCUGCCACCAAACUCAUCAAGAUACAAGGUUUUUGUUUUUGAUGAGUGCCAUUUGUUGCCCUCCAAGAUAUGGUUGGCAUUGCUAAAAUUCCUUGAAGAUCCUCCACCACGUGUUGUAUUCAUAUUCAUAACAACUGAUCUAGACAAUGUACCACGUACCGUGCAAUCACGAUGUCAGAAGUACCUCUUCAACAAAAUAAAAGAUAGUGAUAUCAUGGCAAGGUUGAGGAAGAUCUCUACGGAUGAGAAUCUUGAGGUCGAAUCAGAUGCACUGGAUUUAAUUGCAUUGAAUGCAGAUGGUUCACUUCGAGAUGCAGAAACAAUGCUAGACCAGCUAAGUUUGUUGGGUAAAAGAAUCACUACUUCUCUCGUAAAUGAACUUGUGAGUAUGCUGGAAAAUGUUUCCUUGGUAGGAGUUGUUUCAGAUGUGAAGUUACUGGAGCUUCUGGAAUUAGCAAUGUCAUCUGACACAGCAGAAACAGUGAAAAGAGCUAGAGAGUUGAUGGACUCAGGGGUUGAUCCAAUGGUUUUGAUGUCCCAACUAGCCAGCCUUAUUAUGGAUAUCAUUGCCGGAACAUACAAUAUUGCUGAUUCUAAGUACUGCCACUCAUUCUUUGGUGGACGAGCUUUGACUGAAGCAGAACUAGAGAGAUUAAAAGAUGCUUUGAAGCUUCUUUCAGAAGCAGAGAAACAAUUAAGAGUUUCAACUGAACGCUCGACAUGGUUUACAGCUAUACUGCUUCAGCUUGGUUCAUGGCCUUCACCAGAUCUCACUCAGUCGAGCAGCAGCUGGAGGCAGAGCUCAAAGACAACUGAAGAUGACCCAUCAAGCACGUCAAGGGAAGCUAUAGCUUACAAGCAAAAGUCAGGAACUCAGUUUAUGCCCUGGAAAUCAACUUCUUCUGCAUCCUUACACAAAUCUGUGAAUGGGAAUCCCAAUCAUCAGGGAGAAUUAGUGUCAAGGAUUGAUGGUUAUGGUUCCAGUUCUGGACCUUCACAUGGCCGAAUUAUGGAUGGUGGUGCCUUACCUGCUGCAUGUGACAAUAAUUUGAGUGGAAAUAUGAUACUUGCCUGCAGAAAUUUAGAAAAAUUAGAUGACAUCUGGGCAAAGUGUAUUGACAAGUGCCACUCAAAGACAUUGAGACAGCUUCUACAUGAUCAUGGGAAGCUUUUGUCUCUUGCUGAAGAUGAAGGUGUUCUAAUUGCCUAUCUCACAUUUGCUGAUCGAGAUAUCAAGUCUAGGGCUGAAAGGUUUUUAAGCAGUAUUACGAACUCUAUUGAAAUAGUGAUGAGAUGUAGUGUAGAAGUUCGAUUAAUUCUCUUGACAGAUGGUGAGGUUUCUUUAGACCAUGCACAUCCAGCAGAGAUGCCAGAAAGUCUGCAGCAGGCUGAAACUGCUGUUGAAAUUGAGGACGGAAAGGCCAUUUCUAAAAAUGUACUAGAAGGUUUUUCUGGUUUAGACUUAAAUCCAGAGUCGCUAAAACUAUCCAAGGGAAGUUUUAGUGAUUUGGAAGGUAAACUGAGAGGAGUACAAGACUAUUCUAAUUGCUCUGCACGAUCUAUUGUUAGAAUACCUGAAUUACUAGCUGAAGGCACUGCUGACAUUGGCAGCUCAAAGGAGGGUAGCCAAGAGAUUCCAAUGCAGAGAAUUGAAUCCAUUAUACGUGAGCAAAGGUUAGAAACUGCCUGGUUACAAGCUGUAGCGAAAGGCACUCCUGGGUCAUUGGAUCGAUUGAAGCCUGAAAAGAAUCAGGUUCUGCCUCAAGAGGUCUAUCGUCAAAAUAAUUUGGGAUCAAUGAAUUUAUCGGCAUUCUCCUCUCACCAAUGGGAUGACGAACUGAACCGUGAGCUUAAAAUUUUGAGAACAAAUGACGGGCAAGUGAUUCAGAAGGACCAGAUAGGUAGAAGGGCUGAUCAUUAUCCCAUGUCUCCCAGCUUGCUGCAUAAUAGCAGUUUAAGCAAAGAAAACCUUGGAUAUGAAUCAGGAUCAGGAACUGGAGGAUGCAGUGGGUUGUUCUGUUGGAAUAACUCGAAGCCUCACAGAAGGGCCAAGGUCAAGGGAACGCCCGUGGGAUCACGCAGAACCGGACGAUUUUUGUUGUUUGGCGAGUGUGGGAAAUCGAAGAAAACUGAAAACAGAUGUAGAAGUCAAGCCAUGUGAGCUCAAUGACAGAAAAGGUCAAUGUAAAGUUUCUGCUGGAAUUCGGCAAUUUUCUUUUAGGUUUGGCCAUUUUUAUGGGUGAAUUAAGAGACGAAAAAGAACAGUAAA